AUGGGAGGCGAAAACCCUUUGAAAAUUCCAAAUAAGGGUCCAAAUGGAGGAGAACCCAAGUGGAAUGAACCAAAUGAAGAUGCUGCAGUGACUGUCCUUUUGAAUGGUAGGAUGCUUCAGUGUCCUUUUGCUAUAGUGAAGAUGUUGACAUUCUCAGCUGCUCAGAUGGAGAAGGAACUAGCUUGUGAGGUUGCACAUACUGAUAUAUGUUGCUGUCAACCUGGCUUUCAACUGCUGCCAUCAAUUCCUGAUCUGAAAUCACACUAUCCAUCAGAUCCUCUUGGGUGGGUGCAAUUGGUGGAGGUAUCGUAA